CGUCUGGUUGCGCAAACCUCGGAGUAAACAAGGACAAUCAGGCAAAAGGUUGACCCCCGCCUCCGCCCCCACGCCCAGAAGUCAGGAGCUCUCUCUGAACACUUUUAGCCAGCUGCACAGGGCACAGCUGGACCUUCUCCUCCGGGGAGCGUCAUGGAGAUCUCCGUCGCGCUGAUUUUUGCGGGGCUGCUCGUUGUUCUGCUGGGGCUGUUUGACCUGAAGAGCCGCAGACAGCUGCGUUUACCUCCAGGACCGUCUGGUCUGCCUAUCAUAGGAAACCUGCUGCAGAUGGACAAAAAAGCUCCGUUUAAAACUCUGCUAAAGCUGAGUAAAAGCUAUGGCCCAGUGCUGACCGUGUACCUGGGCCGUCAGCGCGUUGUGGUUCUGGUGGGGUAUGAUGCAGUAAAGGAGGCGCUGGUGGACCAAGCAGAUGACUUCUCUGGCAGAGGUCCUGUUCCCUUCCUGAUCAGAGCCACCAAGGGCUAUGGUUUGGCCGUCAGUAAUGGAGAACGCUGGAAGCAGCUGAGACGUUUCACCCUGACAACACUGAGAGACUUUGGGAUGGGACGCAAGGGGAUGGAAGCGUGGAUCCUGGAAGAGAGCAAACAUCUGGUGGACCGCAUCAGUCAUACCAAUGCCACACCUUUUGAUCCCACCUACUUCUUGAGCUGCUCUGUGUCCAAUGUGAUCUGUUGCUUGGUGUUCGGUCAACGCUUCAGCUACGACGAUGACCACUUCCUUUCCCUUCUGCAGAUAAUCUCAGACACCAUCAAAUUUGGCAGCAGUCCCUGGGGUCAGCUGUAUAACAUCUUCCCUCGGCUGAUGGAAUGGCUGCCGGGUCAACAGCACAAAGUGUUUGCCAGAAUUCAAGUGGUCAGAGAGUUUAUAAUGAAAAGGAUUCAGGAACACAAGGACACUCUGGACCCCAGCUCACCCAGAGAUUACAUCGACUGCUUCCUCAUGAGGCUCAGUCAGGAAAAGCAUUUACCCACAACUGAGUUUGAGUAUGACAACUUGGUGUCAACAGUGUUGAAUCUGUACCUGGCAGGAACGGAAACCACCAGCUCAACUAUCAGAUUCGCACUAAAUGUACUGAUCAAAUACCCCAAAAUACAGGAGAAAAUGCAGCAGGAGAUUGACAGUGUGAUUGGACAGGAGCGCGGUCCUUGUAUGGAGGAUAGGAAGUCCCUCUCCUUUACAGAUGCAGUCUUCCAUGAAAUUCAGCGUCUUAUGGAUAUUGUCCCCAUGAGCGUCCCUCACUACGCACUCCAGGACAUCUCUUUCAGGGGUUACACAAUUCCCAAGGAUACAGCGAUUAUUCCAUUGUUGCACUCUGUGCUGAAAGAGGAAAAACUGUGGGCGACCCCUUGGUCCUUCAACCCCCAGCACUUCUUGGAUGAGAAUGGCAACUUUAAGAAAAAUCCUGCAUUCCUGCCUUUUUCUGCAGGAAAGAGAUCCUGUGUCGGAGAGUCCCUUGCUCGCAUGGAGAUUUUCCUCUUUGGGGUGUCACUUCUUAAGCAUUUCACUUUUUCAUGCCCUGGAGGACCUGACAGUGUAGAUAUCAGCCCUGAGUUCAGCAGCUUUGCCAAUGUGCCUCGCAGGUACAAGAUCAUCGCAACUCCCCGGCAGUAAUGACAUUUUAUCAAACAGUCGUGUGUGUUUUCAACCUUUCCUCUGACCUUCAAACUCCUAAAACUGCAUCAUUUGAUACUAAAGGACCUAAUUUCGUGUGUAUAUCAAACACAUCGACUUUAAACUUCUUUUUGUUGUGCCUAUAACGCUGAGGUUUGCCAUAAUGUCACUGAAAUGGACUCCACUGACCAUGUCUUCUUAGAGACCACAGGGCUCAGGCACAGGUUUCAUUUAGUGGUGAAGGGAAUCUACAAGUAUUACCAUGUACCCAACUGGCUUUCUGAAAUAUUUUUGUCACAUGUGAAUGCUCAGAACAUUCCUCUUUAGACUGAACUCGCACAGUCACAUCAACAUUUGCAUUUAAAAGAAAUGGUGCCAAAGGAAAACCUAAGUGGAAUUUUUAAAAUGUUUUUUUAAUGUGAAUUUCCUGGACUCUUGUUGAGAUAAUAACUGAAGUGUGAUAUUAAAUACAAUACCUUGUGGAAACAAA